AAGGAGGGGGGGGGGGGUCAAAACAGGAACAAAAUGGCUGCGACGGGCGACGACGCCGCAGCAAUGGACAGCAUCUCCAGGGCCCCCGCGGCCCAUCUGGCGGCUCUGAACGCGGCAGCGAGCUCCGGCGGCCCGGCGGAAGCCCCGGAGGACGCGGCGGAGAGCCCGGCGGUCGCUCCCAAGAAGCCGAGCACGAACAGUGAUGGUGGCGUGGAGACGGCAGAGGAGGCCGUGGAGCCUGCAGACCCCGACAUCAACGAGCUGUGCACCGACAUGUUUGAAAAGAUGUCCGUCUUCCUGCAAGGAGAACUAACAGGGACUUGUGAGGACUACCGUCUCCUGGAGAACAUGAACAAGCUCACCAGUCUGAAGUACAUGGAGAUGAAGGACAUCAGCAUCAACAUCAGCCGUAACCUGCAGGAUCUCAACAACAAAUAUGCCAGCUUGCAGCCCUACCUGGACCAGAUCAAUCAGAUUGAGGACCAAGUGUCGUCACUUGAACAGGCGGCUUACAAACUGGACGCGUACUCCAAGAAACUGGAGGCCCGAUUCAAGAAGCUGGAGAAGCGAUGAGGAGAGAGAGAGGAAGUAGACUUGAGUCACGGUGCCGGCUCCCCUUCUUUAACCUUCGCCUCGUCUUCUCCUCGCGGAGCUGCAAGGAGGACGUGAACCGAGACUGAAACCACAGUCAGAGACGCUUUGACACCAAGGAAACGGACCCAGGAGGAAGCGGCUGGGCGGACGUGAAUUAGAGCUGCAGUGAUUGGCUUAGAAUAGAAUUUCUCAUUUUUUAACUCCCAUUAUCACGGAUUUCUUUCGGCAGCUGUCGUGCGGCGGAAGAUGAACUGGGGUGUUUGGCGUGAAACUCACAUUCUUUUGGAAAUACUUCAUGUUGAACAAAUCAGUCUAAUUACUAGCAUAUCUUUAAUUGAGUGGUGGAUUCAGAAGAUACUAAUUUACUACUAAAGUAACAGAAACGUGUGGAUAAAACAAUACUUUGGUCAUUUGUAAAUAUUUACUUGAUGAAGCAUGCUUAUAGACAUUUGUAUUAAAUAUCCAGCCUUCUAAUUCUGAUCAUUUUACCUAAUGGAUAUAUUUCCACUAUAUAAUGGUAGCUUGAUGUUGGGACGCUCUGAUGUUGCACAAUUAUUUGUCCUAAUUGUGUGAAUUCUACCACAAACCGGUUAAUUUAUAGAGUUUGAUGCAAAAAACAAGGUUUCUCUUUUGCAGUUUUAAUUCAAAGAUAUUUAAUAUGAAUUCAUUAUUGUAUUCCUGGAGAUUUUGACACAUAAGACUGGAGUUUUUAUUUAUUUUUUAUUUAAAUAAAUACCCUGUGCAUAUCA